UCAACAAUCGCCGCACUUGACUAACAGCCGUCUAACAAUUCGUACUAGUCGUCGUGAUAACGUUUAAGUAAGUGAAACAAAACUACGUAUCUUAUCAUAUUGUUAUAGUAUAAAUAAACCGCCAACUGUUGCCGCUGUUAAACGACCGAUACAGUUCAAGACACCGGCUCUCGUAUACUUCAAUAUGACUAAAUACGUAACUUCCAAUUGUACGCCCACUGUGUUUCCAGCAGCAACCUUCGAUGCCAAAGAAGAUGCAUCCAAUUUGAAAAAAGCCAUGAAAGGUUUUGGUUGCGACCAAAAAGUAAUAACUGAUAUACUGGCUCAUAGAGGUAUCGUGCAACGAAUCGAAAUUGCCGAAGCUUUUAAAUCUCUUUAUGGAAAAGAUUUGAAAAAAGAGUUGAAGAGUGAACUUGGUGGUCAUUUUGAAGACACUAUUUUGGCCAUGAUGACACCAUUACCGGAUUAUUAUGCUAAAGAACUACAUGAUGCCAUAUCAGGAGUCGGCACUAAAGAAGAGGUGCUUGUUGAAAUUUUAUGUACUUUGAGUAAUUAUGGUGUUAAGACUGUCGCUGAAUGCUACUCAAAACAAUAUGGAAGUUCCUUGGAAAAAGAUAUUAAGGGGGAUACUUCAGGACACUUUAAACGACUGUGCGUUUCUUUAAGUUUGGGUAACCGAGAAGAAAAUCCUAAUGUAGAUGAGGCUGCUGCUAAAACGGAUGCUGAGGCUUUAUACAAUGCCGGUGAACUGAAAUGGGGAACAGAUGAAUCUGAAUUCAAUAGGAUUUUAGUAAACAAAAGUUAUCAGCACUUGAGACGUGUGAUAUUAGAGUAUGAAAAACUGUCUGGAAAAGAUUUAGAAGAAUCAAUAAAAAGUGAAUUUUCUGGCGACAUCUGCAUGGGUCUUUUGUACUUAGUCAAAUGUAUUAGAAGUAAAAUCGAUUUCUUUGCGGAACGUUUGCACAAAAGUAUGGCUGGUAUGGGAACAGAUGAUAAGACUUUGAUAAGAAUUAUAGUGUCAAGGUCUGAAAUCGAUCUUGGUGACAUUAAAUUGGCAUUUGAAAGAUUAUAUGGAAAGUCAUUGGAAUCUUGGAUUAACGGAGAUACUUCUGGAGAUUAUAAGAAACUUUUAUUGAAACUGAUUGGAUAAAAUGUAAUUUUGUUUUUCUAAAAGAUUUCUUUAAUAUUUACAACUUAAAUUAUAUUUAUUUUAAGCUAAUAACUAUUACGUUUUAUAAAAUCUUUAUUUGUUAUAUUAUUAUAAGUUGAAUUAUUUUUAAAAUAAUAUACUUCAGUACUAAAUUUA